UAACAAGAUAAUUUCAUUUAAAUGAUACCAUUUUCAUGUCAGCUAAGAAUAUCACUAAAAGCCAAUUCAAACGAAACAAACAACUAAAUAAGCACAAGAUCUUGAAGGUCACGAAAUAGAAACGUGGUUCAUCUUAAAAAUACGGACCUAGCAGACGAUAGAAGGACUUUAUACGAAAAAUUCGGCUUUUUUCAUUGGUUGUAUGUUGCGGCAACUUCACGUGACUAAAUUUGAAAUUUGUAUUAUUGGCAUUUCACAUUCCAAACAUACAUAUAAUGAAACAUAAUUUUUACAAAAAAUACUUAUAUAACCAUGAAAACAUAUAAAACAUUUAUCAUGCAUUCAUAAUACUAUGCUCAAACUGAAAUAUAUGAGGAUUAUAACAUGGAUCCUGAAUUUGAUUAUUCACAAUUAGGCAGUACUAUUGAAUAUGAAGAAACUAGUUAUUCUUCUCAUGCAAAAAUUGUUAUACAUAAAACAUUAGAUAAAAAAGUUAAGUGCGAUGAGGACCAGAUAUUAUUUUACCUGGCUAAACUACAAGUUAUUAAUCCAGAAGGUAUAUUAUUAAUUGCUUCAUACAAGGACAUUGAAUAUUUUUGUAGGAAAAUAGUUGAAAGUCUUGAUUCAAUUGAUAGUGUAAUGCAAGCAUGUAUACCCUUGCCAGAAGAUCACUUAUAUAUGCAACUUAUAGCAGGAUUAAGAGUACUAAACAGUAAACUUUGUGUAUAUGAAAAUUAUCAAUCUAUAUUCAGAAAAUAUAUGAAGUGUUAUCAAGAACUCCAUGAUGAAUAUUUGGACUGUGUAGGACCAACAGAUUGGACGGAAAAUAUGGAAAUUCAUGACUUGUGCGACCAAUUUAAAGCUAUAUCUGAUUGUUACUAUACAUUAACUGCCGUGUUAUGUGGUAUCGAAGCUGCAAAAAUUCUUAAAGAACUCGUUGUACAAGUUAUAACUGCUGUUAUUUGGACUAACUGCCCCAAUGUAUACAAGGAUCCAGUUGUUUCAGAUCCUAUGCCAGACCUUAUGAAUUCCAAGUCAUCUUGUAAUACCUCUAUCAAUUUUAUAAUUGUAAUAAUAUUUAUAAAUAUAUUAUAAAUUAUAAUAUUAU